UUAUUAAAUUGCUUUGUUUACAGUGUUGCUGAAGUGGAAAAUGCUUCACAAUGCAGUGAUGAAGACACAGUGGCUGAUGUUCCAGUUGCUACAACAGCUAAACUCAAGUCAAAAAAAUCCAAAAAGAAACAACAGUAUGAUGAUGUUGCUGAUGAGCUGGAAGCUCUGACUUUAGAGAUGUCAAAUCCAAAAACUGACUCUGCCAUCAAUGGAUCAGCAAUGUCAAAACCAUUGGCUAAAUCCAAGGCAAAGAACAUCAGUCCAGCUCUCUCAGACAGUGAAGAGGAGAUGCCAGUGCAAGUCAAGAGCAAAUUCCGUGGUUUUGCUGCCCUGGCUGGUGAUAUGAUGGAUGUCAGUGAUGAUGACACAAACAGUGAUGAUAGUGAUACUAAACCUACUAUUAACCAUCCUUCAAAACAAACAAAGAAAAAUAACAUCAAGUAUGAAGUUUCUGAUGAAGAUUCAAAUGAUUCAGACAAGUUGAAUUCUUCUCCUGAGCGUGUAAAAGCUGUAAAAAAGAAAGCACCAAAAAAGGAACCUCCAAAGAAAGAUCUCCCUAAGAAAGACCCUCCUAAAAAAGAUAAGAAAAAAGGGAAGAAGGCAAAACAAGAAGUUGAAGAAGAAGAUUUUGAUGCCAUUUUAGCUGAAGCUCGAGCAGCUGCAGGGGCAACAGAGCCCAUUGUUGAACCUGAAGUGGUUGAAGAAGAAAAAGUUCCUGACACAAAACAAAAAAAGACUAGAAGAAAAAAGGGGAAAGAAAUAGAAGAGCCUGUUGUCACUGAUGGUCCUGAUGAUGCAGAAGUAAAUAAUGUGGAUAGUUUAGAUGCGAAGGCUGUGAGUGAGGCAGCUGAGGUGAGACCAGCAUCUGGCACCAGCAGUCCUGAAGAGGAAGAUGACUCGGUAGAGACCCGACCUAAAAAAGAUGCCACUAAAAAUAAGAAGAAGAAAGAAGAAGAUGAUGAAAAAAAGAAGAAGAAAAAUGCCCCCAACAAGAAGUUGCUUGCAGCCAUGAAGGAGUUGCAGCAGAAACAAAAGGAAGAAGAGGAUGCGCGUCGUCAACAAGAAGAGGAAUUAAGAAGGCAGGAGGAAGAAAGGAUACGCAUAGAAGAAGAGAAUAGGCGUUUAGAGGAAGAGAGGAAGGAGAGGAAGAAGCAGAAAGAAAAAGAGCGUAAAGAGCGGCUAAAAGCUGAGGGCAAACUAUUGACUGCCAAGCAGAAGGCCGACCAGAGGCGUGCGCAGGAAAUGUUGGAACAUCUCAAGGCUCAGGGCCUUGUUGUCGGUGCAGCAGAUAAAAAGACACCGCGCCUGGGCUCCAAAUCCUUUGCUAAAAAGAAGUCCAAGGCUGAAGAAAAGCAAGUUGCUGGGAGCGAGACUGCAGACCUCGUGGACACUGAACCUUCAGCUGCUGUAGCUGAGCACCUCGUGGAGAGCGCGGUGCUUAAAGAGGAGCCGGAGGAGGAGGGCGGCGUGAAGGACUCGUGGGACAUCAGCAGUGGCGAGGACAAUGACGAUGAGCAGGAGGCAGAGGAAGAAGAAGGCCAGGAUGACGAGACUGAAGAGUCCUCUGCCAGCACCAAACUUGAAGUUGCAAAGGAUGAGGCAGUUGAAGAGAGUCGCACUGAAGAAGAGGUCAGUGAAAGUGAAGAUGAAGGAGAAUCUGAUGAAGAAGUGAAAGAUGAUCAGAUGUCACAGAGAGAGAAGGUGAUCGCUCGCCUCCAGAAACGGCGAGAGCUCAAUGAGAAAAAUAGGGACAUACGUGUCCUCCGCGCUCCCGUGAUCUGCGUGCUGGGCCACGUUGAUCAUGGCAAGACCAAAAUCCUGGACAAGUUACGCCGCACGAACGUGCAAGAAGGCGAGGUGGGCGGCAUCACCCAACAGAUCGGUGCCACCAACGUCCCUGCUGAAGCCAUCGCCAACCAGACCAAGAUGGUUAAACCUGCGUUUUCCAUUGAUCAAAUUGACUUCCCCGGUCUUCUCAUCAUCGACACGCCUGGGCACGAGAGCUUCAGUAACUUGCGUAGCCGCGGGUCCUCGCUGUGCGACAUGGCGAUCUUGGUGGUGGACAUCACCCAGGGCCUUGAGCCACAGACCAUCGAGAGUAUCGAGCUUCUCAAGAAGCGCAAAACUCCUUUUGUCGUGGCCCUCAAUAAAGUUGAUCGCGUGUUUGAGUGGGAGGGCAACCAGCACAAAGACAUCAAGGAGGUGGUCCAAGCACAAGCUGAAUUUGCUAAGAAUGAUUUCGAGCGGCGAGUUAAAGAAAUUACCAUUAGACUCAAUGAGCAGGGUUUGAAUGCUGCAUUGUUUUACGAGAAUCCUGACCCACGAACCUACGUGUCCCUGGUGCCCACGAGCGCCAUAACAGGGGACGGCAUGGGCAACUUGAUUGCCUUAAUAUGCACCAUGUGCCAAGCUAAACUGGCGCCGCAACUACGAUACUCGGAGGAACUGCAAUGCGUUGUGCUUGAAGUCAAGACCAUUCAAGGCUACGGCACUACCAUCGACGUCAUUCUUGUUAACGGGAGGUUGCGUGAGGGAGACAAUAUUGUCCUGGCCGGCACUGAAGGACCUAUUGUCACUCAAAUCAGGUCAUUGCUGAUGCCAAAACCAUUGAAAGAGAUCCGUGUCAAGGGGUCGUAUGAUGAGUUCAAGGAAAUUAAGGCGGCGCAAGGGGUAAAAAUAGCAGCCAAGGAGUUAGAUAAAGCCAUUGCUGGCCUAAGUUUGCGUGUGGCACAACACGAAGACGAGAUCAGCGUACUGAAGGAGGUUGUGCACAAGGACUUCACAUUGGCUAUGAAGGCCAUUAAGGUGAAAGACAGAGGCGUGUACGUGCAAGCGUCGACUCUCGGAGCCCUGGAAGCGCUGCUCGAGUUCUUCAAGACCAAGGGCAUACCUUAUUCAGGCAUUCGCGUCGGGCCCGUUGUUAAACGCGAUGUGAUGAAGGCGGCAGCCAUGCUAGAACAUGAUGAUAAAUAUGCCGUCAUUCUUGCCUUCGAUGUCAAGGUUGAUCGAGAUGCCCAGGAGCUCGCCGACCGGGAAGGCGUCAUCAUAUUUUCCGAGGAAACAAUUUAUCACCUGGGCGACCGCUACGUCGAGUUCCUGGAGGAGCACAAACGGAAGAAGCAAGAAGAGAACCGCAGCAUCGCCAUCUUUCCCUGCAAGAUUAAAGUUCUGCCUACCGCGAUCUUCAACAAGAGGGAUCCGAUUGUGCUGGGUGUCACUGUGGAGCAAGGCGUCCUCAGAACCGGCACAGUUCUCUGUGUUCCUGCAAAGGAGUUUGUUGAGAUCGGCGUGGUGUCGUCUAUGGAGUUCGACCACAAGCCCGUGGACAUCGCCAAGAAGGGAGUGGACGUGUGCAUCAAGAUCGACCCGUCGCCGGGCACCACGCCUAAGAUGGUUGGCCGACACUUCGAGGUCACCGAUGAAAUCGUCAGCAAAAUAUCGCGGGAAAGCAUAAAUGCCUGCAAGGAAUACUUCAGGGAUGACUUGACCAAAACUGACUGGAAGCUCAUGGCCGAAUUGAAAAAGUUAUUCGAUAUUUUAUAGUAUCACGUGUGCUAUAGCCGCAAUUUCGUAUUGCUGUAAGACUUCUGAACUCACUUGCCUCUCGAAUAUAAGUGAUUUCCACGAAACUGCUUGUCAAGCCCUGGUAUUUUGUAGAGAUUUUUCCAUUUAUGUUCGUAAGAAGAUCAUUGUGUUUUUACGUUUAUUUACCAUGCAAUGUGGAGUAGCAUACCGUUGAACAAGUUAUUUGAGGUGCAGGUUCGGUGUCCCACGUUAUCGAAUCGUAAGGGCUUACGCAGUGGAAGUCGAAUUCUAUUUAAGCGUUUAGGGGGUUUGUUUUAGUGCAGUUUUUUUAUAAGGAAUGUUAAAUUCCCACACUGCUUGCCACUCAAUAUAGUAAAAACUGAGUUUUUGAUGACGUUUUAAACAUUUUCUUUGUAUAGA